AGGUCUGGCCUCCUCGACAACAGCACCGGCCAGGUGUUCCAGCAGUCGGUGCCCUUCGGCGGCACGAAGGCCCCGAGCCAGCGCUGGGCCAUCGAGAGGACUGGUAUUUACAUGCUGUUGAUUUCGAACUGCGGUAGCAUCACGUCUGCCACCAUGAACGGGACGGUGACGGUCAAACACGCGUACGGCUACUUGCCUGGGAACGAGUACCCGAAGAUGCCUUUCUUCGGCUGGCUCAUCCUGGCCUAUGCGUUGCUGGCAAUCAUAUGGAUAGUGCUCUCCGUGCGGUGGUGGGACCAGCUCUUCCGGAUCCAGAGCUGCAUCCUGGUGGUGCUGCUCCUCGGCUGCGCCGAGUCUUUGCUCUGGAGCGUGUUCCUCCACAAGUGGAACAUCGAAGGCCGGCCGACCACCAAUAGCACGGUCAUAUUUGUGGCUGCCCUGCUGCUCACCGUGCUGAAGUCCACCUUCUCGUACAUGCUGGUGCUCGUGGCCUGCCUCGGCUGGGGCGUUACUAAGCCGUCGUUGGGUGGCAGGACCCUGUGCAAGGUCGGCACCCUCUGCUUCCUGCAAGUCGGGUUCGCGUUCGCCCGCGAGGUUGUGCUGUCCUUCCGGCACAGCUACAGCAUCCCGCCCGAGCUCGUGCUGACCGUCUUCGCCCCGGUCACCCUCCUGAACACGAUCAUAUUCUGCUGGAUCUUCUGCGCCAUCAGCAGGUUGAUGGAGAAGCUCAAGGAGCAGAGGCAGACCGAGAAGUUCCAGCUCUUCCUGAUGCUCCUCGCGGUGCUCAUCGCGGCGAUAGGCGUGGCCACGCUGGCGCUGCUCGUGGAGGUGUACAACCUGUCGAAGCCGCCGCAGGCGGUGUGGAAGCACCAGUGGAUUCUCACGGACGCCGUGAGCCACUUGCUCUUCCUGCUGGUGCUGGCCGCGAUGAUGUACCUCUGGAGGCCGCACUCCGAGAGCCAGAGAUACGCGUUCUCGGAGCAGCUGAGCAACGUCGACAUGGACGGUGACGCUCGCGCGACGUCCGUGGCCAACGGGGACCUGCGCAAGCUGGGUGGCGCGGAGGUCAUCGGUCAGGCCUACAUGGACCAAGACAUGGGUGCAGGACCUGACGCGUUCACCAUUGAGGACGAGGAGAAGUCGCCGGAGGGCCACCCUGACGACCAGGACCGGGUGCAGCGCGACGAGGUGUGAGCGGAGCGGCCAGAGCCCCGCGGGGGACCCCUCGCCAGGGGCGGGGGGGGCUUCCCCUCUCUCUCUUGGGCGGCUCGUGCGUGGCCUUUGGCGCCAGCGCCGCCCGCCGUUGGCGUCGCCGACGCCGUCGGACGCGUCGGCGACGUCCUCGGCGCCAGAGCGCCGCACGUCGCAGCCGGCGUCGCCGCCGUCGGCUGCAGGGUCGGCGUCGCCGGCGUCGCGUCGUCCGCGUCGCCGCCGCGCCGGGGGGGAUCCCUGCCGGCGCCGGGGGCGUCGGGUCGCGGGGCUCCGAGGCCUGCCGCCGAGCAGGGGCGGGGGCAGAGGUGCGCCUGCGGGCAGGCGUCCUGCGGAUGCAUCGUCGCCGCGGCUGGGGUACAGUCGGGGCCCUGACGAAGGACCCCUGUUCGUUGGGGA